AUGCUCCGCCAAAGCACACGCGUGGCGCUACGCCCGUUCGUGCUGUGCGCACGCACCAGGAGCGCACUUCCUCAGCGAGUGUUGCCCUCUGAGCUUCUGCGGCCCUCUGCGCUCUUCUCCACAACCCGCACACACCGCUCAGAGGUCCUCUCAGCACUCGCCUCCGCCAACCCAUCCACCCUCCCCUCCACCUCCACCCCUCCCUCCCUCACCGAAGACGCACCAAUCCCCUUCAGCACCCUCGCCCCGCACAUCGACCCCUACACCCUCAAAGCCAUCCCCCACACCCACAUGUCCCCCGUCCAAUCCCACAUCCUCCCCCUCCUCCCGACCCUCGCUCUCCCCCUAUCCACCCACCCGGGCGCAUCCCACACACACCCGCGCGACCUCCUCGUAAAAGCCAAAACCGGCACCGGCAAAACCCUCGCCUUCCUCCUCCCCGCCAUCGAAGCCCGGCUACACGCCAUCGACGCCCACCUCGCCCAGGCAGAACACGACAGCGGCUUCGGGCUCUCGCCCUUCCAGCGCGCGGACGCCGUGGUCCAGUACGCGCGGGACCAUGUCGGGUGUCUGAUCAUCUCCCCUACUAGGGAGCUCGCGGCGCAGAUUGCUGUCGAGGCGGUGAAUUUGACGAAGCAUCAUCGCGGGUGGCAGACGCAGGUUUUGCUUGGGGGUGAGAGUAAGGGUAUGCAGAUGAGAGCGUGGAGGGGACGGAAGGAUAUCGUUGUCGCUACGCCCGGCCGCAUUUUGGAUCUGUUGAAUUCAGAACCGAGCGUUGCGCGUGCUAUAUCCAAAUGCAAUUUGCUAAUCCUAGACGAAGCAGACACACUCCUCGACAUGGGCUUCCGGGACGACAUAACCCAACUCACCACCUUCCUCCCUCCCACACCAACCCGACAAACCUUCCUCUUCUCCGCAACCGUCUCGCGCGCAAUCCAACAAAUCGCCCAACAAACUCUCGCACCAACCCACAAAUUCGUCAACUGCGUAAGCGCGGACGAUUCACCGGUGCAUGCGCAUAUACCACAGUACCAUACCGUGCUGGAGAAGGGAGACGAUAUUAUACCGCACGUGUUGAGGUUGAUCGCUGCUGAUCAGAUUAUGUACCCCGGUAGCUUGCGGAGAGGGCGCCCAGGGAAAGAUGUCGAUCCCGACGCGCCGAAAGCCAGCAAGAUCAUCAUAUUCCUAAGCACAACAAACAUGGUGCAGCUCUUCACACAGCUCCUCCGCAAAAUCCUCUUCAACUCCUCCCCUUCCCCCUCCCAAACCGGACCAUCCCUCCUCCCCACCCCGCCCUCCUCAACAGCCGUCUUCGAAAUCCACUCCAAAAAAGAUAUGUCCCACCGCACACGCGUAUCCGCCCAAUUCCGCGCGUGCACCCUCCCCUCGUCGAUCCUCGUCACGUCGGAUGUGUCAGCGCGCGGUGUGGAUUAUCCGGGUGUGACAAGGGUUAUUCAGGUGGGGUGUCCGAGUGGGAAGGACGUUUAUAUCCAUCGCGUGGGUAGGACGGGGAGGGGCGCUUCGAAAGUUGGCCGGGGGGAUUUGGUGCUAGCGGAUUGGGAGAUGGGGUUCCUUGGCCUCGGGGCGCCUGGUGCAGGGAAGGGAAACGGACAGGCACGAAGAGGACAGGGACAGCAGCCGAGCGCGGGGAACCUAGCGGAUGUCGGACUUAAACCGAUCACGAAGGAGGGUGUCAUCGAGGAGCUCACAGCCCUCGGCGAAGCCGCACCGCCCUCGCGCGCAUACGGGCGCGCGAGAGUCGACGAGCUCGACCGGACCGCGCGGGAGAUCGCAGCGCGCUUCGCACACACACCGAUAUCGUCCAUCGGGCUUCGAGGUGGCCAUCGAGAAGAAGACACACCGUACCCGCAAGUCGCAUCCGCACUCUCGUCCUACGCGGGGUUCUUCCUUGGGAAAGCUUCUUCGCUAGGCUUGCACUUGCCGAGUGUGAUUGAGGGGUUGAAGAGGCAGUUUAGGGAGAUGUGGGGGUUGGAUAGGGAGGUUGGGUUGGGGCGGAAUUUGGAGGGGAUGGUUAGGGGGGCGCUGGAGGGGAGGGGUGGGUUUGGGGAUAGGAGGGGAGGUGGGUACGGGGGAGGGGGGUAUGGGAGAGGGGGGUAUGGAGGUGGAGGUGGAGGUUAUGGGGGGUACGCGGACCGUAGGGGUGGUGGGUAUGCAGCGAGAGACACCUCAGAGGAAACACCAACCUUCACAGCCCACUACGCAUCCUCAGGAAGCUCCGGAUUUCCCAAAGGCGCAAGACAGGGUAAGGCGUUUAGUCGUGCGGGGGAGUAUGCGCGGAGUAGGGAGGCGGAGUGGGAGGGGGGCGGGAGUGGGUAUGUGCGUGGUGAGCGGAGCUCUUCGUCUGGGUACGCCGGGGAGCGUAGUGGAGGAGGGGGGUAUGGAGGAGGUGAAGACGGAGGGCGGUUUCGAGGGAACGGAAGGGGGAACGGGAAAGGCGGUGAGAUGGAGCGGGAGAGGGAGGGCGGGUAUGGUCAGGGAGCUGCUAAACCGCGAAAUGUGAGUGUGGGUUUUGGGUUGAGCCGUGGAUGGGGAGGGGACGGGUUUCUGCGAGGCGAUGAGGAGCGCAAGUCCAAACUUGAGUCUGGGCUUGGGCGCGGACUUGGACUUGGGCAUGAGUCUGGGCUUGGGCUUGAGUCCGGGCGUGAGUCUGGGUAUGGCGCUCGGGGAAGUGGAAGCGGAAGUGGGAGUGCGGGGAGUGCGUUGACCGGGGGGAGUGCGUUGGGUGGAAAUGGGUUGAUCGGGGGGAACGGAGCGAAUGCGAAGAGGAAGAGAAAGCGCAGGAGGAGGGGUAAGGGGAAGAGGCAGUUUUCGAGUGCGGCGGGUGGUCGGGGACGGGGUGAUGAGGGGGAGGAGGGUCGUUUUUGUCUUUCUCGUCCUCCGCCUCCUCCUCGUCUUGAUGGUUCAGCGUCGGGUUUGGGGGUAGAGGCGGGUUUGGCGGGGGAGGGUGUGGGUGUGGGUGUGGAGAUGAGUUCAAGAAUAGAUGAGAACUCGAGGUUAACAGCGUCGAGUUCGAGUUCGAGGUCGAGUUUGGACAUACCAAGUUCGAGUUCGAGUUCGAGUUCGAAUCUACCACCAAGUUCGAGGUCGAGUUCAAAUCCAUCUCCUUCAAGUUCGAGUUCGGACCCUCCUCCAAGCACAAACUCUCCUCCACCCCCUCCGAGUUCAAGUCCAACACUUCCUCCUCCAAGUUCAACUCCAAACACAAACACAAACCCACCUCCAAGUUCAAACCCUCCUCCAAGUUCAACUCCUCCAAGUUCAACUCCAAACCCACCUCCAAGUUCAAGUUCAACACUUCCUCCUGCAAGUUCAAACCCACCUCCUUCAACUCCGAACACAAAUACAAGUUCAACACCCCCUUCAAAUCCAAAUCCAAAUCCAAAUCAAAGUCCAAAAACAACAUCGCUAAUCUCAUCCCUCAUAUCCGCAUUACCCUCUUUCGCUUCUCCGCCUUCUUCCUCUUCUUCUUCUCGUCUUUCUGCUCGACCUUCUUCCUCUCGGUAUUCUGAUCGUUAUUCUCGGUAUUCUCGUGAUUCUUCUCGUACCUCUCAUUCGCCCCAUUCACCCUACCCUCCAUCUUCACCAUAUCCCUCCCAUUCUCCUCGUCCUUCGCGAUCCGGUGGUCCUGGCUCGAUGGUGCGAAGUCAGGAUCGUGGUCAGGAUCGGGGGUCGAGUGAAAGCUAUAUUCAAUAUAAUCAACAACUAAAUCAAAAAAAUCAAAAAGAGACGUGGGGAGAAGGAGAGGAGCGGUCGUUGAUUAUGGGGACGAUGGGAGGUUCUGAGUCGGCCUCGUCAUCCCCGUGUGAUUCUGGAUACGUGUCGCACUCCGAUUCUGAUUCCACUUUUACAACCAUUUCUACCUCGACGUCUACUACCAUUUUUACCUCGACAUCUACAUCCUCUUCCACUUCCACUUCCACCUCUACAUCUACAUCUAAUUCUACCUCUCACCACAACCACAAUCAUAAUCGUAAUCGUAAUUCGAACCAUGCAUCGACUUACACGUCUGUAUAUGAUUUCUACUCCCCUUCCUCUUCUUCAUACUACGGCUCUGGCUCCAGCUCUUCCUCUUCCUCCAGCUUCAGCUCAGACUUUACGUCGAACUCGGGCCCCAGAUAUUUAUCCGACUAUGACUAUGACUAUAACUAUGAUUUGUCUGGUUCUGCGUCUGGUUCCUCUGCGUCGCGCUCCGCCGGCUGGGAAAUGGGAGUGAGAGAUGGGUCUGGUGGUUUCGGUGGUACUACCACCACCACCACCACCACCGCGACUGACUCGGUGUCUUCUACGUCCAAUUCCGAUUCUGAUUCCUAUUCUACCACCACCGCCAACUCCAACUCCAACACCAACACCUCGACGUAUGCUACGCCCGCGCUCGCGUCACAGCCGCGUACAUCGCGAUAUCGGAUAUCGUUGAUUAAAGAUUCGAUUGAGAGGGUGAAAGAGAGGGUUGGUGUUAGGAUGCGGGAUGGGAGUUCUUCGGAUGCGGUUACGGCGGCGGUGGUGGAGGAAAAGGAAAAGAAGGAGGAGGAGGAAAAGGAGGAGGAGGAAAAGGAAAAGGAGGAGGAGGAGGAGACAACUGCUGCUGCGCCCGUUGAGGAGACGAAAGGUUUUGCUGGGGUUGUUAACAAGACUUCGUCUUUUGAUACCUGCGUCUCUUCGUCAUCUUUUUCGUCUCUUGAUACGUCCUUCGAAAUCUCCCCCUCCCGCGAUCCGGACCAGGAUCAAAACCAGAGUCAGAAUCAGGAACAAGAACAGGAACAGGAUGAAGAAGACCCAGACGCAGCAGAACGCGCAGCGGAAGAACGCGUCGCCGAGCUGCUCCGCACGCGCGCGCGGCGCGUCACGGUCGAUGAUUGCACGCCUGCCAUGAUCGCGCGGCUGUUAUCUGAUAAUCCGUACCAUGGGCGUCCGUUCGGGCGGUCGUCCCAAGUGCCCAACAGCAACAGCAACAGCAGCAGCAAGGGCACAGGAAGAGGAAGAGCAACAGCAACAGGAAGAUCGACGCGUCUACCACCCAACCCGGACCCUUCAACCCCCGAAUCCCGCGCUCGGGCAGCUGCACUCCUCGAAUACCUCCAGACGCCCGAUCCGGAGCUGUCGUAUGCGGAGACGGGCAAGAGGAUCAGGGAGGUGUAUGGAUCGUUGGAGAUUCAGAGGGCGGAGACGUGGGUCCCGCCGAAGGUGUUGGCGGAGAUGGAGAGGGAGGAUGCGAGGAGGGCUGAGGGGCAGGGUAGGAGGAGGAAGAAGGAGUUGUAUGAGGUUAGUGUGUUGAGGGGGGUGUAUCCGUGGUUGUUUGAUGAUGUGCCUGUGCCGGCGAGGACGUCGGGGUCCGUGCAGGGACAGGGAAGGGUGGAGGAGCGGGUCAUUGGGCGAGUGAGGGGGGAUGUGGGUGCGAGUGAAGAUGGGGUUGGAGUUGGAGUUGGAGUUGGGGUUAAAGUCGAAAUUGAGGUUGGAGAAGGUGUGCUAGGGAAUGGUGAUCUUCCUCGUGUGGGUGUGGACGGGCGAGCUGAGGACGAUGUUGAUGAUGCCUUGCGGUCUCGGUCUCAGUCUUCUCUGCGUUCAAGGUCGAGUGUGGACUCCCGACGGAACGAAAAGGGUGAUAAGGAGAAGGACGUGGGAGGUAGUGAGGGUAGGAUGAGUCGGAGUGGGAGUGGGAAUAGGAAUGAAAGUGGGAGUGGGAGUGAAGCGGGGGCUAAAGGGAGGCGGGAUACUCAGCAGUCGAAUUUGGGUUCGCGGUCGCGUGCGGAAGUGCGCUCGCCUUCUUCGUCAGCGUCAACUUCGACUUCGACUUCGACUUUGACUGCGAAGGAGAGCGGUAAUGCUACACCACGUACCCCCCGCGAUCGCGAUCGCGCGUCUACACCUCGCGAGUAUGCUGCGCGCGGUUUGCCGCCUCAUAUUGUGGCUUCGGGCGCGAGUACAAGUCCAAGUCCAAGUCCAACUGUCAAUGGUACUGCUUCGACUCCAACUCCAAGUCCAACUGGUGCUACUUCAACUCCAACUGCAGCUGCAGCGGAAUCUACAAGUCGAGCCCCAACACCAACUGCAGCAAAAUCUACAAGUCCAUCUCCAGCUCCAGCUCCAGCUCCAGCUCCAUCCCACGAGGACACUUUCUCGCCGCUCAAGUACUACGCGCGCUAUUUACCAUCUCGCAUGGGUAACCUUACGAUGGCACGAACGACUCCGACUCCGACUCCGUCUCGUUCCACGAACCGCGAUUCAGAGCGUCAACUCAAUCCUAAUUCACAAACCAACUCAAACCCGAACUCUCAACCAAAUCCAAAUCCAAAUCCCCAACCCAACCCAAAUCCAAAUCCCCAACCCAACCCAAAUCCAAGACCAAAACCCACCCUCGAAUCCUACAUCAACAACCUCCCGCCCCCCGUCCACAUCCGCACAGCAACAACACAACGCCCGCUCUCGCGCGCCGUGCGCAAUCUCGAGCGCAGGCAGGCGCAUGUUCCGGGAGCCGGUGAGCGCGGUGUGGGUAACCCGUUUUAUGUGCCGGGGCGCGGGAGGUCGAAUCCGCGCCGCGCGGCGUUUGAGAUGGGCGCGAAGAUCUGGGCAGAGCAGGUUGUGAAGGGUGAAGGGGGUGGUGAGGAGGGUGGAGAGGGGAGUGGAGAGGGGAGUGGUUAG